GUGAUCAGUAGCUCCCAAGCGAUCGAUUUGUACGGUUGUUACUUGUUUUAAGUGGGGUUUCCCGUACCGCUCAGAGACAUUGCAAAUAUCACGAAAGUGGUUUCAACAGUUUUUUGAAGAAACUGCACACACAAUGGGGACAAAAUUCUGCUUAAUAAUACUAGCAUUUGUUGCAACAGCGUACUGUGCUGAUAAACCGGAUGUGGAUAAACUAAUUUGGGAGCUUUUUAAUAACAAGAAGAAUUCAAACAAUCAAACUAAACCCGCUGCAGGAUCUACAUCAGUAUUUACACGUCAACCUACACCCAUACCUACACCUACACCCAUACCUACACCUACACCAACCACUGAGGCUGAGCCUGCACUUACAAUAGUAUCGGAACCUAAUAUUUUACCUGACUUUACAUUUUCAAGAGUAUUUGAACUUGGACCUAUACCUAUACUUACACUUGAGACUGGUCAUGUACCUGAAUUUAGAACCGAGACCGAAUUUGAUUCUGAUUCUAAGUUUAAUUCCAACCCUGACAUUGAACCUGGCGAGGAAUGUGGAAUUGGUCGUGCUUGUGUGCCUCGGGCUUUAUGUCACAAUGAUAAAAUUAUUUAUAAUGGAAUCAACGUAAUAGAGCCUCGGAUUGGUAAUAAUAAAUGUACACUUUUUCACAAAUGCUGCAGAUUGUAAAAUAAGUGAGGUCCAUCGGUUAUGGCAAUCGUGUUAAUUCUGCGGAUUUUUUUUCGGACAUAGUCACAUAAAAUUAAUUUUAAAAUCAAAUAUUUGAUUUACUAUAAUUCAAAUUUAAA